AUCCAGGACACAAGGGGGGCGUCCACCUGCACCGCUGCCAGCUUCUCCCCCAGCAGGGCCGGCCGGAUGGUGUUGAAAGCACUGGAGAAGUCAAAAAACAUGAUCCGCAAUGUCGAGGGUUUUAACGGUUUCAGGCUGAUCGUGUCUUAUUGGACACGGUUUUUAUAAUUAACAUUUUGUUUUGUAUUUUAGUUUGUCGGUUUGUAUUUAAUUUCAAUCCACAUUAACGUUAUUCCUGUCAAAAAAUAGUUAAAUUUACCCUGAGGGAUCCUACAUAAAGUGGAUAUUUGGUCAAAUUACACCAUAAAAUAAUUCCCUCAAAAAAUGUAAGAACAUACAAUCCAAUAAAUUGGCCUCAAACUAAUAUAAUAUGGACUCCUGUUUAGGCUUUAGACAUGUUUAAUACAUAUUUCUAAAAUGUUUAUUUGAAGUCCUUUCGCUUUUACUGUCUAAACAGGCGGCUGUUGCUAUGCAGAUUGUGCGAGAUAAAUUCAUCUGUUUUGUAACUGGGCAGACCAGCAAAACGCGUCCAAUCAGAAUACUCCCUGUCAGAAAAAUAAUUCUGCUCGACGAAUGGAAUUUCACCCGCUUUUGGUAUCCGGGUAGAUUUGUGACGGCUCACCAAUCGGAAUAGACGUUGGCUUUGUAGUCAGGCAGACAUAACAAAGUCGUCCAAUCACAAAAAAAUCUGAAAGGGGAUUUUUGCUGUAUCUUGGCUCAGAUGGUGGUACCCAGCACUGGUUAGUUGGUCCAGAUGUCGGAGGACCAGCGGCACCAGCGGGCCGAAGCCUCCCGGCGGGGGGAGGCCAGUCUGGAGGCGGGGGAGGGCGACACGGAGCCCAGCAUGCUGCUGCAAAAACUCAAGAGCAACAUCUCUAAGAGUGUUCAGACCAAAGUGGAUCAGAUCCUGCAAGAUGUUCAGCGCUUCUCCGACAAUGACAAGCUGUACCUGUACCUGCAGCUGCCCUCCGGACCCAGCUCCGGGGACAAGAGUAGCGGUGACUCCAGUUCGUUCAACACAGCCGACCAGCUUCACACCUGUAACUGGAUCCGCAGUCACCUGGAGGAGCAUUCAGACACCUGUCUGCCCAAACAGGACGUCUACGAGACUUACAAGAGAUACUGUGAGAACCUGCAGCAUCGCCCUCUGAGCGCCGCCAACUUCGGGAAGAUCAUCAGAGACAUCUUCCCCAACAUCAAGGCCCGACGGCUCGGCGGCAGAGGACAGUCCAAGUACUGUUACAGCGGCAUCAGGAGGAAGACGGUUCUCAACAUGCCUCUGCUGCCCAACCUGGACCUGAAGAAUGACCCGGCGGAGCUGACUGAGCUGGUCCAGACGUACAAACAGGAAGUGACCGAGGCGGCUUGCGAGCUGAUCUGUGAUUGGGCGCAGAAGAUCCUGAAGCGUUCGUUCGACACGGUGGUGGAGAUCGCUCGUUACCUGAUCCAGGAGCACAUCGUCAACCCUCGCUGCAGCCAGGCCGAGCUGGUCACCUCCGCAGCACUCGCAGGAGGUCCAGCCAAACCUCACAAGGUCAUCAAGAAAACUCCCGUCAUCUCUAAGGCUGAGAGCAACGGCGCCGCUGAUCAGAAGAAGGAGCUCGGAGACUCUUCCUCCUCGUCUUCACUGAAGCCGCCGUCUGGAGACAAAUCAGCUGCAGCGGCCAAACCUUCGUCCCUGGACGCUCCGCCUCCCUCCUCCUCCUCCUCCUCCUCCUCCCUGCGUCCUGCGGUGGAGGCCUUCAUGAAGCAGUUACCCAGAAUCCUCCCUCGGAGCUCCAUCCCCGAUAAGACCCAGCUCUCUGUCCGCUCCUCUCCGCCCUCGCUGGCUCCCAAAGACGCCUCAGGUGUUGGGGGGGCGUCUGGACCCGGAGGUCCAGCCGCUGCCGCCGCCGCCGCCGCCAGCGGUGGUGGGGUGAAGGUCAUCGCCAUGGCGACGCUGCCCCAGCAGCAGGGCGGGCCUGUCCCAGUGAUGAUCCUGCCUCAGGGCUGUCUGUCGUACGAGAGGGAGAAGGUCGCCCCGCCGCCACAGCCUCCCCCCCAGCAGCAGCACGCCCCUGCAGCCCCCACUUCUGUGGUCCAGAAAGCAAGAGGGUACGCCAGCAAGCGCCCCCUGGAGGUGACGUCAGGCGCUGCUGUGGGCGUGUCUGGUGGCUCUGCUGCUCCUCCGGUGAAACGGAAACGUGGGCGACCAAGAAAACCUCGGCCGGAGGAUGCCCUGCCUCCACCUUCUCCUGCUGCUCUCCCCGCCCAGCCUCCCCCUCCCGCGCCUCCCUCCCAACCUCCCAUCAUCACCUCCCUGACCGGCGGCGUCAUCCAGAAAGCCUCCUCUUCCUCCUCCUCCUCCUCCUCGCAGCCGGUGCUGGAGCUGGUGAUCCAGGACCAGCCAGGGCUGGUUUUGAGUCCCCUGCCGGCGGUGUCGGACCCGGCUCACCAGCUGAUGGAGCACCGUGGGGUGGUGGUGCAGUGUCAGCCGGGCGGGGCGGUUGAGCCGGACCGCCACAGCAGGCCGCUGCUGCUGUUCCAGAGUCCAGGGAACCCCAGCUGGGAGUUGGCGCCAUCGGGGCGGACCCCGAUGGUGGAGGUCAUCCAGAAAGCGCCGAGACCGAGCAAUAACAACAGCGGCACCACUCCUCCACCUGCAGCACACCUCCAUCCUCCUCCUCCUCCUCCUCUUCCUCUUCCUCUGCCCACGCUGCACGAAGAGCGGGGGGAGGUGGAGAUAACGUUGACGCCGGUGGAGCUGCACGUCAACCCGCCGCUGUCUUCCACCUCUUCUUCUUCUGCUGCUCCUGGCUCCUCUUCCUCCGCCAGUAAAGAGGAGGAGGCAGGAGAGAGCAGCAGCACCUCCUCAAAGAGAGAGGGACACUAGCUCUCAUCACUCUUCUUCUUCUUCUUCUUCCUCGUCUUUUUUAUCAGCCCCCUCCCCCCCUCACUGAGCUUUUACCUCACCUGCAACAAAGCCCCGCCCCCUUACCGCUCCUCUUCCUUAUUGGUGGAAAUCCCAGAUUGGCGGCAGCAGAGAGCCAAUCGAGGAGGAUAAAUGAAGCCAAAACCUCAACUGUCCUUCCAUCGGCUCCCACUGCACUUGUGAACAGACUGGAUGCUUUUAGAAACCUGUGAUUCUUUAACUGCAUGUCUGUCCGUCUGUCUGUCCGUCAACUGUGGCUGAAACCAGAGGAACGAGUCCUCAGGUGGCCCGGGCCUGAAAUCAAACCAUCCUCUCUUCCCCCCCGCUUCCUUCCUUCCCGACCUCCUUGCCGCCUCGUGUCCUUCGUCUCCAGACUUCUCGUUUUCUGCGCUGAGGCUUGGUCGUCUGCUGCAUCGCUUCCGCCGCUUCAUGAUCAGCUGAUUUAUAGGAGAGAAAACGCAGAUAAAAGAAAAGAGUGGUAUAAAGGAAGGAGGGAAGAUGAAAGAAAAGAGGAAGAGGGGAAGGAGACAUGUAUUCAGUAUUGAAUCAGGCCCCAGACGGCGUUCAGCCUGACGUGGACAGAUACAGUAGGUACUACGGGUCAGAGCCUUGUAAAGGCUCUUUGUGCUAAAUAUGAAAAAAUGAGUUCGGCCUCAGUUCACCUUCAGUUCAGUUCGUGGAAAUGUAGAAAGGAUGUUGUGCUGAAAGCUUUUCUCAUCUCUGCACAUUUCUGGAACACCUGGGUCUUUUCAAAAAGUUUAGUGACUCAACAAAAAGCCCCGUGGAGGCGAAGUUAAAGUUUUAAAGUCUUUUAAGAGGCUGGAAAAGCCGAAAGGGAAACUGUUUUGGAUUGAACGUGAAUCGAAGCUCGGCUCCGCGCUCCUCUUUAGAGAGUUCCUCUGUUUGUAUCGGUGUUUAGUGGAUUUAGUGGAGUGUGUGAGAGAGAGAGAGAGACAGGGAGGGACGGACGAGACACAAAAUUUAAAGCGUCUCAUAACUAACCAUUACUCUGACAAACUGUGUAAAAUGAGCCACGUUCACAUGAAGUUAAAUUAUUUAUUUAUCCAGGUUAGGCGAGGCGAAUUAUCAUUUUAUCAUUCGGUCUGAGACUCGUUUCAUUCUAUUUUAUUAAUGUUGUUUAAAUUUGACACAAAAACUAAGUUUGUGGUGCGCGGCAGCCGUGUUUGUCUGUAAUUCAAAGGCCCGUUUUCCUGCCCAGUGCUCAGCACAGCUGGGUAUCAUUGGAAAUCUUUCUAUAUUAGUGCGGGUGCCAUAUUACUACCACGUACUUUUAAGUCAUUUUGGAUCUUCUGGUUCCCGUUUACCCCCAAUCUCUUACUGAAGCUUUCAUCUCUCCUUUAUUAGCAAAGAAUAAUGUACAAAACGUUUACGUUACAUUUAACAACCCCAGCAGCAGAUCGGAUCAGCUCUAGAUAAUUAACUUUCAUCCUGAGAAACUUGACGACAGAUUAAAUCUUCGUCUGUCCUCUGCGCACAAUCGUACGAGCAGAACAAACCUUCUGAUACCCUUACAGGUUUUUCUAUAAAAACCCUUCAUGUAACAAGGAAGCUGGAGAUGGGUGACAUGAAUAAAUCCUCAGCUGACAUCGUGAUAUAAGACACUUUCUUAAAAGAUUUAUUAAACGAAUGGAUCAACAAACCAAACAGGCGUGUUCGCUUUUCGGCUAAUAUUUUUAAAUAAAUACCUGACAAAUUGAAUUACUUUAGCGCACCGAUGCAGAAGUUAAGUCCUGCUCUGACGAUAGAAAAGUGUACAUCAUCUUCUCGCCCCCACCCCUAAAGGAAGCCGACCUUCUCAGCUGUCGUCCGAACUUUGAAUUAAAUACAGUCUAAAACUGGAGAAACGAUAACUUAAAUAAAGGAACUUUUUGAUCAAAGAAUCAGUCGACAAGAUUAUGAAUCUGGCCAGAAACAGUGUUUACACGCAGCCCUGCCGACCACAGCGACACCCAGUGGUGUUUUUAAGACGUGAUUUCCAUUUUUUAUUAAUUUUUUUGGUCAUAUUUUAACUUCGCAACUAUUUUACCGCGAGUUCUCUCGAUGCCAAACUCGUGAGACCGACAUUAGCACUUACUUGGCCACAAAAUGUCUGCAGCCUCCGGCAGACGACGAAAUGUCAGCCUUCGGGGUAAACCUCAGAAACGCAGGUAGAAGUUUGAAGUUUGUCCUUUCCUGUUGAAGAAAACGGCAUCAGCUCAGGCAGAAAGAGCAAAGCACAAAGUUUCCUGCCACGUAGCGCAAAAGAAAGUUAAAAAUGCAGUAAUGAAGAUGUACUAAUGAGAGAUAUUUGCAGAAAAUGAGCUUCUGUAGCACUGAAGUUUAGUCUAUGUGAUUAGCCUGCUAGCCGGCUUAGCUGUUGUAUGUCGCCAUGCGCCCUUUGCACUAACUCUUCGACCGCCUCUUGAUCGCCACUGACGCACUGUCUGGAUCAGCAAUGUGACGUGACCAUGUUUGAAGACGCAAUCUGAGAUAUUCUUUAAGUUUUUCUGGUUUCUGUCAUUGACUUUCCCCGUCGACUCCUCCUCGUCUUGAAGUGACACUAACGUUCGCUCGGAGACGAUGGCUGUUAGUCUGUUUGCUGCUCAUGCUAACCGCCCCGGUGGUUCUUCUUCUGUUUAUUUCAAACGGAUGAGAAAAGUAGAACGCAUCGCUUCUUUUGCUGCAGGAGAGAGCACUUCAGACAUCGAGCCGGAGUUUGCAUGAACUGAAAAUAGGCCGCAUGUCCAGAGAAAUUCAACAUUUGUAUGAAACGGGAAAAGAAAUGGACUCAUUGAAAGCCGCAAAGAUAGAAAAGAAAGAGAAUGUAACUAAAUUUAAUCCCCGUUUCUUCGUCUUAAAGGUGCAGGAGACUUUAUUUGGAAUUGUGCUUUAUUCAUACCUAUGUAUAGGUAUAUUUAUAUUUAUAUAAUUCACUGUGAAAAGCAGUUAAAGUUGGAGAAAAGUCCAGAUGCCAGGAUGUAUCCUGCUGAAAGUGACUCUACGCACAGGUAUCCUUUUUCUUUGUCACUUUUAUUUUAUGGUGAACGCUCACCUGUAAUAGUCUUUGAUUUCUCCUCCCAGUUCUAAUUAAUUACACCAAUCACGCAUCAACACUGUCGGAGCAAAUAACAGCAGUUGAAAUCAUAUAUUGUAAGGCAUAAUAAACACCCGCUCAGUUACAGAUUCACAGUUUUAAGUUUGCUGCACCUUUAACCACAUAAACAGUUCAUUUAUUGUGCGAAAGUACCGUCUUUUUGCCGGUGACAACUCGUUCUGUGCCGGCGAGUGGCGCACGAAGUCCGACCAAUUAGACACGACGAAUUUGUGAAAAUAAAAGAAAAAUUAACUCUUUAAAUAUUACGGAUGAGCUGUCCCUUUUUUAGGUUAAAGCCAAAUAAUAUUAUAAUUAAUAAUCAUUAAUAUAAUUUCAAUAAUACAACGAAAACACACAAUGAAUUUAAGUGGUAUUAAGGAAGAAGCAGAAUUAUUAAAUGCACAAUUAAUAACCAGGAAUCACCGUUUCCUCCUGAUUCAAACCUUCAAAAUAAAAAGGCACUUGUGUUCGGCAGCUGGGUUUUCGGGCUUUUUCAGGCAGUUUUCACUAUUUUCAGACAUUUUAUAAACCAAUUGAUUGAUCUGUUAAUAAAAAAAGAAAAUAAUCAGCAGAUUAAUCGAUAAGGAACAUAGUAAUUAGUUGCAGCUCUAAUGGGAACUUCAUGUUGUACCAGCAGGUGGCAUUAAAUCCCAACCAAUAACACCAUCACAAGUUUUUAAAAAUAAAAAAAGAAUAGCUUCUUUUCAAAAUGAUGCUUUUAUUUGGGAUAAUAAGACGACAUGAGACACACAACAUUAAAGGAAAUGCAAUGUACUAAAAAAAAUACAACAAAGUUAUGGCUGCAACUACAGAUUGCUUUCAUUGUUGAUCAAUCUGCCGAUCGUUUGUUCACUUAUUCGAUUAAUUGUAAUAAAAUGGUGGAAAAUGUACAUCACAGUUUCCUUAAGCUCGAGGCGACGUCCUCAAAUGUCUCAUUAUGUCCGACCGACAGUGGAAAAAGCCAAAGAGUGUCACUUAACACAAAGGGAAGCAAAGGAAAUCCUCACAGUUGAAACGCCGGAAGCAGAAAACCAGAGAAUAUUUGGCCUUUUUGCUUAAAAAGGGACUUUAACAAUUAUCAGAAUAGUUGCCGAUUAAUCAACUAAUCGUUUUCAGCUCUGAACAAAAUAAACUAGGAAUUUAAGUAGUUUAUAAGAAGAAGCAGGACCAUUAAAUAGGCAUGAAUUUCAGUUCCUGACCUCGUUUCCUCGUGAUUCAGACCAAGAAAAGCGCUUGAGUUUGUCAGUCGGACAACAAACCAAACCAGCGAACUGUCGAAAUGAUUUGCUCUUCCUCCUCUUCUUCUGCUGGAGGAGGAGUUUGACCCUCCGUCGUCAUGGUAACGUCACACUGCUGACACUGCUCGUUCUUCACCUCUGCCAAACUGCCUCUCGCUCCGUGCGAGGGCGUCUUCUUCAUCGUUGGUGCUACAAACCGCAGGGCUCGGCCCUCGCUGUUUUCCAUCCUGUAAUCACAGAUUUAUACAAAAAAAAAAAAAAAAAAAAAUCCUUUUUGUCGACGCGCCCGCACGUCAAGGUGUGAAUACAGCUGUGUGUGUUAAUGUGUGGUCUGAGUGUGUGUCCUUGUUUCCCUCCGUCCUGUGACAACGAGAGCUUCGGGUCUGCUAAAGGGACGCCGAGGCAUGUUAGGACUGUUAAAACGAUAUCUGUUGCAUGAUGGGAAAGUGAGUUCAAGCACUUAGCCUAGCAGCCUAGCCUACCACUACCCAUAGUUUAUAAUUAAAAGGAGCACUAAUGAUGCCAAUAUGUCAUUUUUUUUUUUUUAUCACUGAAGUGAAGCGCCGAUGUGUAAAACUUUUCCACCUGGUGGAAAAACGGCUAAAAUGUCUCGGCCUCCCUUUAUCCGCCCGGCCUCGGCCCUUUCAGACAGAACUGAAACAAAAGGAAAAGUUGCACUGUUGAAAAGUUAAAACAAGAGAAAGUCCUUGUAUGUUAUGAAUUUAUUGUUAUAUGCAUUGAGAAAAUACAUUGACACGUGUUUAUGAACGAUGUAACGUUCUGCUUCAUGCUUGAACUCGCCAGAGACCGGCUGAGCAGCGCCAGAUUUAUUUUUACUGCAGAACCUUUGGUCAGAAUAAUAAUCCUUGUUUAAAUUGCUCAGUAGAGAGUUUUAGCAGCGUGAAUAAAGAGGGAAACACAAAUUCUGGUCUAUCAAAGUUACAGUUGGAGAGACUACACGGACGGGUUAAAGCAGCAUUUCACUUGAUGGGCGACGUCUAAAGCAGCAGGAAGCACUAGGUCAUGUGACGUGUCGUCUGACUGUGUCUAAAGGCAAAAGCACAGGUGUGGACUCGAGUCACAUGACUUGGACUCGAGUCACAACUCUACAGACUUUAGACCCGACUUGACAAAAUCAUAGAAGACUUGCAGCUUGACUUUGACUCGUGACUUGACGCCCAAAUAUUAAAAUGUACAUUAUAAAGAAAGCGUGCCGUGAAUCAGCACUUCAUUUUCCUGACAACGGAUGCGCCUUGAAUCCAGCCUCCAAUCACGUUGCACGAGCAGGAGCUAAAGGUGUGUUCCUCAGACCUGCCAUCAGACUUGAAACACAAGGACUAGGACUUGGACUUGACUUGGCACAGUGUUGACGUGGGACUCGACUCAGUUGAUGAUCUUGAUGAGCCAUCAAGAACUUCAUCUGAAGCACACUAAGGCCUCACUCCUGUAGGAUCAAAGAAGUGAGAGCAACUCUUUAAGUUGCCCGUUCAGGUUGUCCAACAAGUUGCCCCGUCAUCAGCGGUCCUCGCUUUCUGACUGAGUUAAUGAUUUCAGACGGUCAGAUUGGCUUUUAAACACCCCCGUCAUCCACAGUUUGGUUGACAAGUUGCAUCGGGACGUUACAGAAACCUAAGGCGGAAUAUAUUCAUCCAGAAAGCAGAUGAGAUAUCGAUCAUUCCAGCCCUGAUAUCAAAGUGAAAUGCUGCUUUUAGCGUCUUGUCGGGAAUCUGGAGUUGAUGGGAAAAGGGUUCAGAGUGAAACCUGAGGUGACACAGCAGCUGUGUUCCCUCUGCAGGACCUGCUGGGCUAAACUGGGCAAACUGGAAAUAUGAAAUAAGUUUGGAAAAGUUCUGAACAUGAAAAGAUGUGAAAGAGAUCUAAAAGGAGUUUAAGAAAGGGUUCAGUGCAAGCCAGUGAUGGGAGGAGGGAGGGGCUUUGGACCAGUUUGGACCACUAACUGGGCCGACUGGACAUGUAAUCUUUUCUUGUGGACACUGGGUUGGAAAGGGACUUGAAGUCCAGCAGCUUCGUGGAAGUCUGCAUCCAAAAGGAGAAAUGGUUCGAGGGAAGUCCUAAAAGGCACGAAACCCCAGUUUGGUUUGGUUCUUUAACUGGGCGAACUGUACAGUUUCCUUCAGUAACUGUGUAGACGUUUGGAAGGAGCCUGAAAGAUGAGCAGCACUCUGGAAGUUCAGAUCCAAAAUAGACGGGACUUUGGCCGGCUAACUGGUCUGACUGGGCCAGCAGCACUCGGGAAGUCGAGAUCCAGUAGGAGACUAUGAAAGGGUUCAUGGCAAGUCACUGAUGGGAAGAAAGUGUGUGAACGUUUAGCAGCAAGUCCAGAUCCAAACUCCUUUUUGGCAAACGGUUUCGAGCGAGUCGAGGAUCGCAAGAAGCCCCAGGUAGAGUUUCCUUCUGAGUCUGUGUGAACAUUUGGGAGAAGCCGGGAAGAUCGGCUGCACCCUCGGGCUCAAGAUCGUUUUUAAAACGUUUGGGCAAAGCUUUGACGUUGAGCAGAGUUCGAGAAAUGGUUCAGGACAAGUCAGCGAAGGCAAGAAGACUCCAGUUCGGCCCAGUUCGGAGCUGCAUUAGGAACCCGGGUCUGAAGGUGGAGGCAGUCGUGGGAAUCUUUCACUGUGGAGCCAUGUUGCUCAAAAAACAACCAUAAACGGGUCAGAUAAUCAAAGAUUAAAGGAUCGGGAUUCGGGUAGCGGUGCGUUGACCUCGAAGGAUCAGACUCAAUGACACAACGUCCUCUGAUGUCACUUCCUGUGCUGGAUCUGGUCCGUGGCGUUUAAACGCGCCACAUGCGUCAUUUUUAACUUCAGCGUAUUGUCGCCAAUUUAAUUGCCUUCGCCUGAUCUCAUUUCAUUGCGAUUUUACAGAUUAACAUUAAUACGAUUUACUGGAGUUAAAAUGACGCUCAGAUCAGUUUCGAAGUCGUUCGUUCACUUUCAGUCCAACCAGCUCGGAACGAGACUCGUCGAACAUUAUUUUAACAAAACAGUUAGAAGUUUACAACAACGACUGGAGUGAUUCUCAUCCAGGUCAAGUGAUUUGUUGUUUUAUUCUGUAAGACGUCGUCGCCCAACUCCUCCGUCUGUUCUGACCCGACGGGAGUCUCAGACACUUUAACCUCACCGUGGCUCGUUGGGUCACGCGUCAGUCAAAGAGAGAGUCGAAUUAAUCAAGUCGUGCUUGUAACGCCUCUCGGGUUGACUGUCAUGUGACCCGAAUGACCAAACUGCUCAGAAGAGUUUAAAAUGCAGAGACUCACCGACGAUCGGGAGACGAAAAGGAGGAAAAAGACUCCUUUGAUUAAUAAUCACUAGACGUCGGAAAACGGGAAAAACCAGAACGCAAAGAAAAAGUGAUGACGAAGCGCUUCGGUUAAAUUAGCUGUAACGCCGAUGAAGUCUGGUGAGCGGCCUGAAGGUGAAGCGGCAGUUAAGGUGACGAGAUGACGAGACGUUUGUACGACCGAGCUGAUCGUGGUCAAACACUGCAGUUAUUGUGAUGAUGAUGAUGAUGAUGAUGAUGAUGGUGGUGGUGGUGGUGGUUAACUCCCAGUCUAAACUGAAAGUAGCCCUGUUUCCUGUCAGAGGCCCACUCAGAGUUUUUACAAUUUAAUCUCAAUUUAAUUCUGCGGACUAAAAAUUUCCCUUUUCCAACUGAUUUUAAGACAUUUAAAGUUGAAAAUUCAAGAAAAAAACGUUAAUUUAUGUUGAGAAAAAAGGGAAUCCUUUCAGGGGUUGUUUUAUGUUUUGUUGCCCUGAGUGAAGCCUUCCAGGCGCUGCUACCUCUCAGGCUCAGGAACUCUGGGUAAUGAAGUCCGUAGAUGAGAAACCUGAGUGGGAUUCUGGCAUCAAACAGCAACAUUUAGAGCUUCACGCUGCCGUUUUCUGUUCACUCAGUGCAAAUAAGAGAAUUAAGUUGUUUUUACUAAAUCUAAUAAGAGUUUCUCUUAUUGUUAAUUUAUCUUUUUUUUUUUUUUUCUUUUUGUUCUUGUUGUUGACGUCUGUCUUUGCUCUCUCAUACAGUUGUACAGCUUGUUGAUGUGCAGAUUUCAUUCUUCUUCUUGUUGCUUCGAAGAUCUUUUUAAAGUAUCUUUUCUUUGUGGAAGACGCUGCCGGCUUCCUGCAUGGUUUUCCUGUGAUUGUCUGUUUUUGUAUAUUAUUAUUAUUAAUAACUUUGAACGUUUGUUUUUCUGUCCCCCUGUUAACCCGCUGGCUUUCGUGUUUGUUUUUGCACUUUACUCUUUUAGAUUAAAUAUCGAAGUUGAGGGGGGGGGGGUCGACGUCGGUCCAAAAAAGGUUUGGAAACCACAAUAAUCAGUGACAUGCACCUUUACUUUACCUGGAGCCUGGUUUGUUUGUUUGUUUGUUUGUUUGUUUGUUUGUUGUGGAAAGUGACGGAGGGCAGAAGCCAGAACAUUAAUGUGAAUCUAUUUUCCUACGCUGACUGACUGGAAUAAAGGAAGUGUCGAUCACUGGCA